AUGGAUGCCGCCGACCCCCUCUGCGCCAUCUCCUCGCCUGCGCGACUCCUUCCGCGGACCCUUGGCCCCGCCCCCGCCUCCGCCACCGGGCCUUCCCCCUCGAAGGCCCGCGACGCGCUCCUGGAGGCCAUUGCAGUCGCCCGGUCGCUGAAAGGGUCUGAGGAGCUGCUUAAGCAGGCUAAAAUGGUGCUGAAGGAGCACGGGGACAUCCAGGCUCUCUACCAUGAUGAUGGAGUGAAAGCGAGGCCCCCUGCAAAUGGCAGCAAAGAGCAACAGGGAAGAAGGCCAGCACUGAACCGCAAACGGGCUCGGUUCACUAUGAAGGACAGUGCAAGCAAACCGAUGCCUGUUGUGGAUCAAUCUAAGUUAACGAAUAUUUCGGAUCCAGUCGAAUACUUUAUGACCUUGGAUCGGCUUGAAGAAGCUCAGGAGGAGAUCCAACGGCUACAUGGAGGAGCAGAAAAACGCGUAUUAAAUUUUGAUCCUGUAGAUGAACCGAAGAGACAGCCUGGUUUCCGUGGGAGAAAAUCAGUCUGCAGUUUCAAGGUAAUUGAGGAUGCUGAUACUCAAGAUCCCAUUGAGGUACCAGCUUCCCAAACAGCAACUAUGACAGGAUCUCAGUUCUCACAGGAUGUUAUGCAUGUUGUUGCUGACAAAAAUGAACAAUGUGUUCCUUCAAGUUCUGGUGAAGCUAUUUCAGGGAAAGAAGAUUCAUUAGCUGAGAAGGAUGGCCUUGACGAUUUGACUUAUUUACUGACUUCAAUCCAAAAUUUGGAUGAAUCUGAAGAGGAAGAGUUUAUCCGCAAGACCUUAGGGUUUAAAGAAAUAAGGAAGGAAAGAGUUAGUCUCCGUAACUCCAUUCCUGGAGUUAGGCCCCUAAGAAGCAAUCCUGAACAAAAAGGUUCAAUGGGGAUUCACCCUCCAGAAAGUCCUUUGCCUCAGCCUCGCCAGGAUCGAAUUUCAGAGUUGGAGAAACAUUUAUUUCCUGGAGGUCCAGCAAAUGCUAAAUGCACAGAUGAUGAAUCUGAAGGUUCACCAGAUAUUGUGAUGGGUGAACCAUCAUUGGUGCAUGAUUCUUCUGAUGUUCCGAUGACUGAUGAGAACUUUACUGGAAGUGAAAUUGACAGGGAGACCCCAAAUCUGGGUGCCAGAGCAGCAGGCCAUAUUCUUGAUCCUGAACCAUGCUUGCCUGAUCAUGCAUAUGAAAGGCAACCCGGAGGUUCCUCAGUUGGUUUGUGCAGAGACACAGAAGUCGCCAAAGAAAACGAGGCAUGCAGGAGGAGCAAUAUUUCUGUGGAGGAAGAUGAUGUGCCAAUAGACUAUCCAACUAUUGGCAGAUCUACUAGUGAAACAGAAGCUUCUUCUCAUCAUCUGGAGGGCAGCUCGACAGAAGAAUUGGUCAGUAAACCAGGUAGACAUGCAGCUCCAGAUGGUAUCGAUAGGACUUUACAUGCAGCUGAGGAUAGCAUUCAACAUCUAGAAGUGGUGGAAGAGGGUGGUGUUCUACAAGAUAAGUCAAGCCAGUCGUUGGAGAUGCCUCUGGAAGAUAUUGAUCCAGUGAAUCAGCCUCAGAUGCAUGGUGGAAGCACUAAGAAAUUGGCACCUGAUUUGUGCAAUGCACUGUCCUUAACCAAACAGAAGAAGCAACAAGCAGAAGCAGCCCAAGAAGGGAAAAUGAAGAAACAGUCAAAGAGGGGCAAAAAAGUGGCUGAUGAAUCUAGCCAUGCACUGGAAAUACCCCAAGCAAAUUUGGAUUCGGAGAAUCAACCUCAUAAUGAUGAUGUGAACAUUGAGCAACAGACAGUGUUGAGUAGCACACUAUCACCAAACCACGCUAAGGGGCAAAAGGGAGCUCAAAGGACAAACAAGACCAAAAAAUUGAAUCAAAGAAAAAUCCUUGGAGAUGCUGGCCUUGCGCAGCCGUCUGAAGUGAGAAGAAGCACAAGAACACGCUCAAGGCCUUUAGAGCAUUGGCUUGGUGAAAGAUUACUAUAUGGGCCUAUAAAUGACACUUUGCCUGCAGUUAUUGGCAUCAAAGCAUACUCUCCCGGCCAAGAUGGCAAGAGAACAUUGAAAGUGAAAUCUUUCGUGCCUGACCAGUAUUCAGAUCUUGUCGCUAAAUCCGCGAAGUACUAA